UCUGCAGUCCUGCCGUCUCCUCGUCUGCUUCACCUCCGCAUACUUCUUCCGCCACUGGACUACCAGUCCACCUUUCAACUCUCCCACCCGCACCGCCAUGAUAUAUGGCUAGGGUUUGAUGCUUCCAGUUCUACUCUCCGGCGAAAAGCAUUUGUGAUGGCGGGUUCUCUGCUCUUGCCUGAAUUCACCUUUCUCCGUCCAGGAACUACUCGCAGGCUUCGCGUUCCACUGUCCAGAGUUUCUCCCUCUGGACUCAACUAUCUAAACUCGAGGUCCAGUCUCUGUAUUUUGAGUCCAAUUAGAGCCGUUCAGAACGAGGGGAUAAACCUUAAAGACAGAGGAAGCGAUCAGGUGGUGGUCGGUGGUUUUGAAUUGAAAGGCAACGGAGGAGUUAGUACUAGUAGUAAUGGUAGUGGCGUUGGCGACGGCGGCGGCGGUUACGAGUACAAUGACUCAGUCGGGAGCUACUCGAACGAUGGUUUGAGUGUUGUGGAGAGCGAGAAUGGGGCGAGUAAUGGGAGUUUGGUGAAGUAUUUGACUGCGAAUGGGAAUGGUGCAGCUAUGAAACUGGCAGAUGUUGUUCCUAAAUCAGAUGCAGAGGACAAUGCGAAGAAGAAGACCAUAGAGGAGAUUGGGCAGGAGGAGGCGUGGUUUAAGAAAACUGGGCCAGAUCAGCUCGAGGUUUCUGUUGCACCUGGGGGGCGGUGGAAUAAAUUCAAAACGUAUUCAACAAUUCAAAGGACUUUGGAAAUAUGGGGUUUUGUUUUAUCAUUUGUCUUCAAGGCUUGGUUGAACAAUCAGAAAUUUUCUUAUCGAGGAGGAAUGACAGAAGAGAAGAAAGUUCAAAGGCGAAAAGACCUUGCCGUGUGGUUGAAGGAAAGUAUAUUGAGACUAGGUCCUACAUUCAUUAAAAUUGGUCAGCAAUUCUCCACAAGGGUGGACAUUCUUCCUCAAGAAUUUGUUGAUCAGUUAUCCGAACUUCAGGAUCAAGUUCCUCCUUUCCCAUCUGAAACUUCUGUAUCCAUAGUUGAAGAAGAGCUUGGGGCUCCUGUGGGUGAUAUAUUUGAGCGGUUUGAUUAUGAGCCAAUUGCUGCAGCCAGUCUAGGUCAGGUACAUCGUGCAAAAUUGGGAGGACAGGAAGUAGUUGUUAAAGUACAAAGACCUGGUCUUAAGUCUCUUUUUGAUAUUGACCUAAAAAAUUUGAGGGUAAUAGCAGAAUAUCUUCAGAAGGUUGAUCCAAAAUCAGAUGGUGCAAAGAGGGAUUGGGUUGCUAUCUACGAUGAGUGUGCAAAUGUCUUAUAUCAGGAGAUUGAUUACACCAAAGAAGCUGCUAAUGCAGAACUGUUUGCAAGUAACUUUAAAGACAUGGAUUAUGUAAAAGUUCCUUAUAUAUUUUGGGAAUAUACGACCCCACAGGUGCUGACAAUGGAGUAUGUACCAGGGAUAAAAAUAAACAGGACACGAGCUUUGGAUCAGUUGGGUGUUGAUCGCAAGAGGCUGGGUCGAUAUGCUGUUGAAUCUUACCUGGAACAGAUCCUGUCCCAUGGCUUCUUCCAUGCUGACCCUCAUCCUGGAAAUAUUGCUGUUGAUGAUGUUAAUGGCGGAAGACUUAUCUUUUAUGAUUUUGGAAUGAUGGGAAGCAUCAGUUCAAACAUCAGAGAGGGCUUACUUGAAACAUUUUAUGGAGUUUAUGAAAAGGAUGCAGAUAAGGUUGUUCGGGCAAUGAUUCAAAUGGGUGUUCUUGUCCCCACUGGAGAUUUGACAGCUGUCAGGCGAACAGCGCUGUUCUUCCUUAAUAGCUUUGAAGAGCGCCUUGCUGCUCAAAGAAAAGAAAGGGAAAUGGCAACAGCAGAACUUGGUUUUAAAAAACCACUGAGCAGGGAAGAAAGAAUUGAGAAAAGGAAGCAACGUCUGGCAGCAAUUGGGGAAGAUCUAUUAGCCAUUGCAGCUGAUCAACCAUUCCGAUUUCCUGCUACAUUCACAUUUGUUGUUAGAGCUUUUUCAGUGUUGGAUGGAAUUGGGAAGGGCCUUGACCCUCGAUUUGAUAUUACUGAGAUUGCCAAACCCUAUGCACUGGAAUUGCUAAGGUUUCGUGAAGCUGGUGUUGAAGUUAUUUUAAAGGACUUUAAAAAUAGAUGGGACCGGCAGUCCCGUGCAUUCUACAACUUAUUUAGACAGGCUGACAGAGUUGAAAAACUUGCUGAAGUUAUACAACGCUUGGAGCAAGGUGAUUUGAAACUCCGAGUUCGAACUCUGGAGUCUGAAAGGGCUUUCCAACGCGUCGCUGCUGUUCAGAGCACGGUGGGAAAUGUGGUAGUUGCUGGAAGUCUAAUAAACCUUGCAACAGUUUUGUAUAUCCAUUCAAUUCAGGUGCCUGCGAUUGUUGCAUAUGCGUUUUGUGCCUUUUUUGGAGUUCAAGUUCUCUUUGGCAUUCUUAAGGUCAAAAAGUUAGAUCAACAGGAGAGGUUGAUAACAGGAACUGCAUAAAUGGAGAUUUGGGCUGAAGGUUCAGUUUAUAUGAGUUCGGAGCCUGUGUGCCAACCGUCCAACCACUGAAUGUGGAAGAGCUUGAGAUACAUGAUAUAUGGUUGUUCCAAUUCCAACAACUUUUUCCAAGGCCUUCAACUUCUAUAUUUGUGCAGAAGCUGCUGUAUGGUCAUUUUGGGCCAGUUUCUGCAGAGAAAAGCUGCAUUUUCUUAUUGUUUGAUAUAUGGUUGUUCCAAUUCCAACAACUUUUUCCAAGGCCUUCAACUUCUAUAUUUGUGCAGAAGCUGCUGUAUGGUCAUUUUGGGCCAGUUUCUGCAGAGAAAAGCUGCAUUUUCUUAUUGUUGGUGGUUCGCUAAUCAUGAUUUGUCAAUGGGUUAGCCCGCCCAUUUUGUUUUCUGUUCCAAGUCCCUCGCCAGUGUUCUAAUGAUGAAAUUGUCGACAGGCUGAUCACCAUUGGUGACUUGCUUUUGCCCCCAUUGUAGCAUUGGCUUUCUAAAGCAGUACUGUAGAUAUGGCAUUGUGUAGCAUCCUAGCCAAGUCUUGUUUGUAAUAAGUACGCAUAAUUUGCAAUGAUUAAUUAUAAGAUAAAUAGUUAUUCCCA